AUGCAACUCAUUUGCACUGGUGUGUUGGGCGCCGUGAGCCAGACCGUUUCUUUUUCUUCCUCUUUUACUCCGUGCAGGCGGACAUGGCAAGGCCUUGUUCAGGCGUUUCCCCUGCCCAUUGCUUUUAAUGCUCGGCGCCUUGGCAGGGCUGCCGGUCGUGGCGGACUCCGCUGUGGGUUAUGGGGCAUUGCGUGGCUUUCAAUGGCGUGUCUUGAUCGCAGGCCGCGAUGGGCGGAAAAGAACUGCCUCGCCGGGGAAACGAGGGCCACGGCGGUGUGUGUCGUUCCGUCGCCGUCAGUUGGC